CGCUCCGGGAAUGCUGGGUUGUUUACAUUACUGGCACACGGGUCAGAAGUGUGGUGAUGAGAGGGGCCUAGUGCAGAGACUAUCUGGAAACACGUAUACACUCUCGACUGGCUAUACAGCACAGGCUCUCUCUCCGAAAAAAAACACUUUGUACCUUUCAGGCAACGGUGCCACCAAGAAGAGACGUCCGCCGAGUCGACUUUUUUGGAGCGACCUUGGAAGAAAGGGAAAGUCAAAACUAAGACAACCACCAUAACCAUCAGGAGAAACUCUCAACGUAGAAGGAAUAGCUUAGCAACAGAGUCCGACUUCCUGAGGUGCAAAGGAUCAAGCUCCUAACACCAUGGAUAUGGACAUGCAGCCACAAGGACAACAAGCAGCCGUACCAGUCUUUCAACCCCAGAAACCAUUGCAACCAGAUAUGGGUCAUAGCUCGCUGGCAAACUUCCAGAUUGAGAAGAAGAUCGGACGUGGGCAGUUCAGUGAGGUGUACCGGGCGAGGUACCUGUUAGACAACACGUCAGUGGCCCUGAAGAAAGUCCAGAUAUUCGACUUGAUGGAUGCCAAAGCUCGGCAAGAUUGCAUCAAAGAGAUAGAUCUCCUUAAGCAAUUGAACCACCCCAAUGUGAUAAAGUACCAUGCGUCUUUUAUUGAGGACAAUGAGCUGAACAUAGUCCUGGAGCUAGCGGAUGCGGGGGACCUCUCGCGUAUGAUCAAGCACUUUAAGAAGCAGAGGAGGCUUAUCCCAGAGAGAACAGUGUGGAAGUACUUUGUCCAGCUCUGCAGUGCACUUGAACAUAUGCACUCCCGGAGAGUCAUGCACAGAGAUAUCAAGCCUGCCAAUGUAUUCAUCACAGCUACAGGAGUAGUGAAACUAGGAGACUUGGGACUGGGACGAUUCUUCAGCUCCAAAACAACCGCUGCUCACUCGCUAGUGGGUACUCCUUACUACAUGUCACCAGAGAGGAUACAUGAAAACGGAUACAACUUCAAAUCUGACAUCUGGUCGCUAGGAUGCCUGCUCUACGAGAUGGCAGCCCUGCAGAGUCCAUUCUAUGGGGAUAAGAUGAACCUUUACUCCCUUUGUAAGAAGAUAGAACAGUGUGACUACCCUCCUCUUCCCUCAGAUCACUACUCAGAGGAGCUGAGGAAACUGGUAGAUAUGUGCAUCAACCCAGACCCGGAGAAGAGGCCGGACAUCACCUACGUGUACGACAUUGCCAAACACAUGCAGAACAUGACACAGGGCAGCUAAGCCCAGAGUUACACACACAGCUUGCUGAACUCCUCCACACUUCCCUCCUUGCUUUUCAUGCUGGACUCGUACACAUCUAUGAGCUUUUAUACAAUAACUAACUCCAGAGUUUAGCUCCUUGUGAUAAGUAGUACGUGUAACAGAUUUGUAUUUUCAAGGUGAUGGUACGGUCUAUAAUAUGACUGACACCCAAACCUUUUCUGCCCUAGGAUGAAGAUUAUAGAGAUUAUACUUUUUUGUCAGAUGGACCUCCCAUUCCUUAGUCUUCAGUAAUGUUACAGCACUGAAAAUCAGUGUUUUGUAGCUCACUGAUGUGUUUUUUGCUAUGGCUUUAAAACGCAUGUCCUCUGUAUUUUCAUGUAGUGAAGUAAAGCUGCUCUUCAGCAGCUGCUAUGAGCAGAUGCUAUUUCAAGCAGAUAUACUGGAAAAUUGUAAAAGUUAGGUGUUACCCAUUACCUAUCCUCCAAACAGUUAAUCAAUGCAAAUGUCCUUAAAAAUGACCUUGUAGGCUUUUGAUGGGUCUCAUGAGACCUAUGGUCAGCGAAUGGUACAAAAAAAGACCAUGAAAACAAUGGUAAAAUUGGAGUGAAGAGAUUUUCACUCAGUGGCGGAAAAACUGAGAGAUGUAAUAGAGUGUUAUUAAUGGUUGAAGCGUUGUUGUGCUACACUUUUUUACCCUAGUACUGGAAGGCUUGCAGGGUGAUAGUGUCUAAUGAAUGUAUUAGGAGAGGAAGGAUCAUUUAGAGGGAAGACUAGAGAAGUGCUGGGGGGAGAACAUGGGCAAAUAUCUCCACAUCACUUUGAAUGUAAGUCAUUUUGACACCUAUGUAUUGUUCAGAAUGUCUAUUUCUUUGACAGCCUAGAAGGAGUGGUAGAAGCUGUAAGAAAAGCAGUCUGCUCUUUACCUUAGUCACUGACGCCAAAAUAUUUCCUCCUUGGUUCAACUUAAGCAAGAUAUACUGCUAUUACAUAUUGUGAGAUUUUUAGGUCCGGUAAAAUCACAAUGAAGACAUGAAAAAAUCAAAGUCAAAACACAUAGUUCUCAUCAUGGUCCAGUGGAUGCAUUUGACCCACCAGAAAGGUAGUCCAUGUGGACAAAAUUCUGUGAUUGUUAAUGUUGCUUUGUAAGUGUAGUUGUCUUGAUAAGUAACAAAUAUGUUGACGACAUAGCAGAUCCUUGCCUUGUGUAGCCAUCCACAUCAUGAGUAAAUCACAGCGUAACUACCUAACAUGUCCUCAGUUGAGAUACCAAAGACAGAAGUCACACAGAGAGAGCAGUUUAUAUAUACAUUAAUGUGUAAAUGUGCUUUUAUGAAAAGUAUAUCAGACUUUUUAGGACUUGAAAAAAAACAAAACAAGCACCAAUGGGACUCAUUUUGUUUUUCUGUACAUAGUGAAAAAGUUCCUAUAGUUUUAAUACUGUAAGGUUUUAGUGACCCUUUUUGCAGUGAAUAAGUUUACACCAGUGGGUCACAAAUGACCAGCACUGACUACCAUUGGUAGCACUGGUAAGUAAACAAUGAUUGAUAACGCUUUAUUUCAGUGUCUUAUGAAUUCUCUUUUAACAUUAUCAAAUAGCCUGUUAACCAUUCAUCAUUACAGAAAUUAUUGCACAUGUAUGCCGAUGUUUCUCAUGUUUUGUUUUUUUUAAAUUAACAUUUAAUAACAUUAGAUACAAAAUCAAAGCUUAUAGGUGCAAGAAAAUGUAAGUUAUUUUGUUUUGGUCAACAGAAUAUUUUGAUAGUGUGCAGAUAGUAGUUAUUUGUAUGAGACUUGCAAAUACAGUAUUUGCAAUUUUGGUUUUCAGUUGUACACCUUGUCCUUGUUGUUGUUCCUUUAUAUUGCUUUUCUCUCCCACUGCAGUAAUAUGUUUUCCAUUUCAGUAAUUAUCUUAAUUUUUCAUCAUCUUCACCCACAAUGCUGUUUAUCUUCUAUCUCUAUGCUCUCUAAACAAGAGUGUCUGUAUAGCUCCAAAACGUUUUAGUAUUGCUUUAACGAACCUCUUAGAUAUUUAGUUUUGAUGCUGUAUAGAACUCCCCAAAGAAAUUGGCAGUAUUUAACAGUAUAAUACCAAACAUGCUUAUUAUUUUGUAUUGGUUUGAAAGAUACAUUAACAUUGAUGCCCUUUCACAACGGAAGGAAAACAGCCCAGAAAAGAUGUAACAGAUAUUGAAUGGCUGUUAUUUUAUCAUAUGAUGUCACAAGAUAUUGCAAUUUAAUUUAAUAUCUUGCUUUAUUUUAAAACCAAAUGCAUAUAUCAUUUGUCUUGUUAGUUAAGAACAUGCAACAUGAGGUGCAAAGUCAGGUUGCAUUGCCUUAAAACAUAUGUGUGCAGUAAUGGUUAUGUUCUCUGUUUACUCAUAGAAAUGGAGAUGUGUUUUUUUUUUUUUUUGUUGGUUUUAAAUGUUCAACACAUUGCUAAGUCACUUUAAGGAUUGUGGCCAUUUCUUGGUAGGGAUUGUUUUUUGUCUUUAUGGAACAUAUUAUAGUGCUCUCCUGUGUCCCGCCUUUUACCUCGGCUCAGUUUAUUUUUCCACAGGCCCUCUGAAGUUGGUAUGGAAGAGUCCAGGGGUUUUCCAGACAGUCAGAUAUUGGAAUUAAUAUUUAUUGUUUUGGUAGUUUGGUUGUUUUCUGAACAUUUCAUGUCAAAUUAAAGACCGUCAUCACAAAUGCCUUGUAUGUUAACUAAAUGCAAUAAAGCUUUCAAAAUUC